CAUCACCGCCCCACCGCCUCGCUCCAUCGGUCUAUUCCACCCCAUCUCAUCUCAUCUCGUCCAGCCCGCUGAACCUGGGGGCCAGCGCCAAUCUCAGCAUCGCAUCGCACUGCUCCCCUCCCCGAACCGCCUCUCGGCCUCGAGGAUUGCUCUUCCCCGAGUCUGUUCACCCCCGGCCCACUCCACAUCCGCACGGCGAUCCCAAACCGCCAUCUUUUCGCCUGUCCACCCCGUGGGUCUCGCCUUUUUUUGCUGUGCCUUUCGUCACAGUAUCUGCUUUUGACAAACACGCCGCUCAACCUGGUCGCCACCAACGGCCCGGCGGCCUCCCGCUUCGAUACACCCUGCUCGGCUUGCCUUCCCGACAUCCGCAAGCCAAAGCACCCUGCUUCCAGGCCGUCUACUCACGUCCCUCUCUCUCGUUCACUUGUUGCCCCGUGUUCCCAGCCCCGUCUCUGUCGUUGCCCCGCUCUCAGCCAUGAUGGACUCUGUCGAGAUUGACUCACUGCCCCUUUCGACCCUCAUCGAGAGCUCGGUCAGCUCGCUGGCCGCCUUCAGCUUGGUCGAGGAGACCCAGGACGAGCGCAUAUGGAGCAGCAUGAUGGACAAGCAGCUUCGCAAGGCGCCGUCGUCGCUGUCGUUUCGCUCGGCAAGCCUCCAGUCCCGUCAGGACGAGUUGCAUACACAAGUCGCCAUAUCCGUUGGCCCACGAUCCAAUUCUUCGCUCUCCGAGUAUGAGACCCUCUGCUCGGCGACCCCGCAUCGAGACUUUGUCUCGCUCGAGUCCCACCUGGACUAUCUCGAGUCGAUAGAGGUCCAGAAAGUGCUGUCCGAAAUCAGCCAGUUCCCAAAGGCAUUCAUCUACGAGCGCGAGACGAUAACGGACAGGCCUUCGUCGGCAGUGUCGCAGCAGCUCGUCGACGAGCUCCUGGCGACCGAGGAGACCUACGUCAGCGAGCUCAACAGCCUCAUCCAGCUGUACGUGCAUCCAUUCAAGGGAGACCCUGCCGUCGACGCCGAUGUCUUCUCGUCGUUCUUUGCAAACAUCGAAGUCAUCUACGAGUUGCACCGAGACAAGAUCCUGCCGGCUCUGCAGCGAGCAUGCGCCCCAUCAAGCAGCCCCUCUGCCGACCCUGCAGCAGCCGAGGCCGCUCCUGGGUCUGAGCUACUCCCACCCGCAGCCAACAUCGAUCUGGAGGACAAUAUCGGUCGGGCCUUUUUCGAUAUGUCGCUCUCCUUGGUGGUGUAUGAGCCCUAUCUGUCGUCGCUCGACCGCAUCCUGCACAACGUCAAGCGCUGUGCCGCACCGCCGUCGUCCGAGCCGCUGAAGCUCUGGUUCAAGAAUCCCAAGGUCUGGACCCACCGUCGCUUGAUGCGGCGAAUCAUGCGCAAGGCAGCUGCCCAUUCCUCGCACUCGCAAAUCAACCUGGGCGCCUAUCUGCUGCUGCCGCUGCAGCGCUUGACCCGAUACAACAUGUUCCUCGAGCGACUCGUCCGCAGCACCGAUUCCAAGAUCCUCCUGCAGCAGAAGGGCGGGCUGGGUCUGGUUCGAGGCUAUGCACGUAUUCGGGGGCUGGUCCAGGCGCUCAACGAAAUCAAGCGCUCCAGCGAGUCGGUCCUGAAAGCCCAGCAGGUGUGCACGUCGCUCUCGCUUCCCAAGAAGCAGGACGAGCGUAGCCUCAUCAAGGAGCUCAAGAACAAGACCAGCGUCCCUGAUCUGAAAGCCGCCGACAUUUCUGCGAGCAGCCAUGCAAGCAGACCGCGAGAGAGCUUUGUUAUUCUCAAGGAAGGCACUCUGUGGCUCGACCGCAUUGUGCGCUUCAAAUCUCGUCCAAAGUACAACACGGAGCUGUCCAUGUCAUCCACAAGCGUUUCUUCUGGCGUCGUAGAAAAGAUCAAGAUCAUCGGCACUCGGGUGCGAGUGAUGCUCUUUACCGAUGGCACUCUGGUCUGCUGCCACAACUCGCAGUCCAAAGGCCGACUCAAGGUUGUGUGGACGACCAAGUUGACUUCUCAGUAUCGUCCCUUUGACAACGGCAACUGCUCGGUCUCGAUCGUCAGCUGCACCGAAAUGCUGUCCAUCGAAGUUCCCCGGCCGAGCACGCCCGAUUCCGGCCUACCCCGCCAGCAUCCAAAGCCCAAAGACCGACGGCUAUCCGGGCACUUUCGAGCUCUGGAGCCGAUUCCGGAGGACGUAUCUGUUGCUCCAGAUAUACGACUCAAAAUCGCGCUGGCAGCCAAAGCAGCGUAUCUGUCGGGAUCCAAGGAGGAACUGGAGGAGUGGCAGGUCGAUCUCAUCAAGCUGCUCCGCAUCAUGUCAACCAAUCCUCGCUAGCCCGAUCGCUCUCUUGGAUGGUCCCGGCUGGCGCUCCAGACUGGACCAGUGUUCUAUUUUCCGCUUCCUCUACGAUAGACCCUUCACUCAUGCAAUCCCUGCGACCGCUCUGCGCUCAGCGACCGCUUUCUCUCGCAUCUUUCUGCCCCUCUCCUUAAUGAUUGCCUUCUCGGCUUCCACUCAGCUGCUUCCGUUUUCGAACACUUACCCGACCGCCUCUCGUCCGUCUCGCGCAGCGCUACCUUCUGCAUAGCUCCGGUUUGUUACUGUCAACCCCCGAACCUCGACGAGAGUCUGCCCCCUCAUUGAUACCAUGACUUUUGCGUCCGCUCGAUCGAUUCGAAGCGGGGCCAGCAACCGUCAUACUAUCUGUUGUUUGUUUUUUGUUUCCCCGUAUCCCGUAGUGAACGCUGCGAGCCUUACUUUCCCACCCCUGGCUCUUAUCUUUUGUUGUUGUUGUUGUCCAAGCUACUAUUUCA